UCCCUUUCUUUCCACUUUCAGGAAGAAGUCCAACUUCUCCCCCUUCUCAAGAAAUGGGGACAAUUGAAAAAAAACCCAGUCUUCUUGUUUGGCUUUUGCUGACUUUGACACAUUUAUGGCACAGUGCAGGUGCCCAAGAAAAUAUCCACUGGGAAAUUCAACGUUAUGAUGGCUGGUACAACAACCUCAUGCUUCAUAAACACAACUCAGCAGGUUCACGGUUGUCCCGUCUACUUCCUGCUAACUAUGCAGACGGUGUAUACCAGGCCCUGCAGGAACCUCAUGUCCCCAAUGCACGCAGGCUGAGCAACGUGGUGGCCCAAGGGAAUUCAGAUAAGCUUUCUCAGAAAAACAGAACAGUGCUUGGUGUUUUCUUUGGAUUCCACAUGCUGUCAGAGAUUUCAGAGGCCGACAAUCCAGGCUGUCCAGCCGAAUUCCUCAACUUGCUGAUCCCUCUAGGAGAUCCUGUCUUUGAUCCCAGCAGCUCUCAACAGGUUGUCCUGCCCUUCCAGCGGAUGCGUUGGGCUGCAGGAACAGGACGAAGCCCCAACAAUCCCCGAGAGAUGGUAAAUGGGGUGACGGGCUGGUUAGAUGCCAGUGCCAUCUAUGGCUCAUCACAUUCCUGGAGUGAUUCUCUGAGGAGUUUCUCCCAAGGAAUGCUGCUUCCUGGAAUGAAACGUGGUUUCCCAAAGCAGGCAAAAGGGAACAGCUUGAUGUGGAAGGCUUUGGAUCCAUCUACCGGGAGGGGUGGACCACAAGGCAUCUUUGAAUUUGGAAAUGCCAAAGGAAAUGAGAACGUCUUCCUGCAAGCCAUGAGCAUUGUCUGGUUCCGCUAUCACAACCAUUGGGCAGAAAAACUGGCCAAGCAGAACCCAGGCUGGUCAGACGAGGAUGUAUUCCAACAUGCACGCAAGAGAGUCAUUGCGACUUACCAGAAUAUUGUGCUGUAUGAGUGGCUGCCAACCUUUUUGGAGAAGGAAAACAUCACACGUUACGAAGGUUACAAGCAGCAUGUGGACUCCAGGAUCUCUCCCGAAUUCCUCGUGGCUUCUGCACUCUUCCUUGGCACUAGAGUUCCAUCUGGAGUCUAUAUGAGGAAUUCAAGUUGUGAUUUCCGAAAUGUGUCUGACAUAAAUGGACAGCCCUCUCCAGCCCUCCGUCUAUGCAACAACUACUGGAGCCGGGAGAAUCCUAACCUCCAGACAGCUGAGGAUGUAGAUGAUCUGCUUCUGGGAAUGAGUUCUCAAAUUACCAAGCAGCAAGACAACACUGUGGUUGAAGAUCUCCGAGAUUACUGGUAUGGGACGGUGAAGUACUCCCGAAUGGAUUUUGUGGCGAGCUGGAUCCAGCGAGGAAGAGACCUUGGAUUAUCUACCUAUAAUAAAGCCAGGGAGUUCUUCCAACUGCAGCCUGCUAAGGAAUGGAAAGAUAUUAACCAGAAGAACCAAACGAUCCUUGAAUUAACCGCAAACCUGUAUGGUGGCAGCCCUGAUCACCUGGAGCUGCUUCUUGGAGCGAUGCUGGAAGAGGAUGAGGCCCUUUUCCGAGCCAUCAUUGAGGACCAGUUUGUUCGCCUACGAGAUGGAGACCGAUUCUGGUUUGAAAACACCAAGAAUGGACUGUUUACUUCUGAAGAGGUCAAGGCCAUUAAGAAAACUACCUUCCAUGAUGUUCUUGAUGCUGUCAUGUACACAAAAAUUAACCAAACAGAUGUGUUUAUCUGGAAGAAUGAUGAUCCAUGUCCCCAGCCCAAGCCAAUGUAUUUGCAGAACCUCCCUUCCUGCAAACAGCUGACCAUCAUAGAUUACUUUGAAGGAAGUGCUGCUGGUUUUGGAAUCCUCAUCGCUGCCCUGUGUUGCUUACCUUUAGUGAGUCUCUUCAUUGCCUGGGUUGUUGCUGUUUUCCGGAGGAGAUCUUUCCGUAAGUUACAGAAGAAGCAAAAUCCCACCAGUCAUCCAGAAGUAUCUGCUGAAGGAAUCCAAGCCUUUGAAUGGCAAGACUCCAAGUCAGAUAGUUCACUUGUCUACAUCCAGCUGCAGGAAGACAAAGUCAUCAAAGUGCUUGAUAGCAAGCUGGCUGUGGUUCGAAGCAUAACCCUAAAAAGCCAGCAGAAAGUGGAGACCAUCAUGUCCAACAACAGAGGCAGCAAAGCUAUACUUCUGAAGAUUCCUAAAGAAUAUGACCUGGUGUUGCUGUUUAAUGUAGAAGCAGAAUGCAAGGACUUUCUUGGACAUCUGAAAACCUACUUGGAAAGAAAUGCGUUGUCUCUCCAAGUAUCGGUGAUGAGUGAACAGCAGCUGCUGAAGAAGGCAGUAACCAAGCAGCAGAGAAAAGACAUUCUGGAAAUUUUUUUCCGGCAUUCAUUUGCUCAGGUUCUAAACAUUGACAGAUUAGAUGCUGGAGAACUCAGUUUGGAAACAUCUCAAAAAGCCAAGGAAGCAUUAAAGUGUGAGCUGAGCCGGGCGGAGUUUGCUGAAGCACUAGGCCUCAAGCCCCAGUCUAUAUUUGUGGACUCCAUGUUCUCUCUCGCCGACAAAGAUGGGAACGGGUAUCUCUCCUUCCGGGAAUUCCUGGACAUCUUGGUGGUCUUUAUGAAAGGAUCUCCCCAGGAGAAGUCCAAACUGAUGUUUACCAUGUAUGAUAUAGAUGGAAACGGCUUCCUUUCAAAGGAAGAAUUCUUUCGGAUGCUAAGAUCCUUCAUUGAGAUUUCCAACAACUGCCUCUCACGGGAUCAGACGGAGCAGGUCAUUGAGUCCUUGUUCAAAGAAUCAGGAUUCCAGGACAAGGAGGAGCUCACCUGGGAGGAUUUUCACUACAUGUUGCGGGAUCACGACAAUGCGCUCCGGUGCACUCAACUUUGCGUUAAAGGAGUUCCAGACAGAUUCAGACAAAAUGAAAUAAAUCGUGUUUCCUUCAUUAACAAGGAUCGAGAUAACAAUUUAUUCCUAAACCAGGAAGACCCCCUGAUUCUGGGUGAAAACUGGCUACCGGGCAGUGGAGUUGGACAAGACUUGCGGAAAAGGCCUGGCAAACAGUUGUACUUCCCAGAACCUCAUCUCUACACGGAGGCCCGGAGGGAGCGGUACCAGAGGAGCAAAGUCCAUCAGAAGAUCCAGCAGUUCAAGAGGUUCAUCGAGAACUACCGGCGCCACAUUAUCUGUGUGGUGAUAUUCUCAGCCAUCACCGCUGGCGUCUUUGUAGAAAGAGCAUAUUAUUAUGGAUUUGCAUCACCACCCACUGGAAUUGCUGACACCACCUUUGUGGGAAUUCUGAUCUCUCGGGGGGCUGGUGCCAGCAUCUCCUUCAUGUACUCCUUCAUCUUACUUACCAUGUGCCGAAACCUCAUCACAUUCCUACGAGAAACUUUCUUCAAUCACUACAUCCCCUUUGACUCUGCUGUGGAUUUCCACCGAUGGAUUGCAACAGGAGCUUUGAUCUUUUCAGUUUUGCACACUUUGGGCCAUGUUGUGAAUGUCUACAUCUUUUCUGUGACACCUCUCAGCAUCUUGUCCUGUCUCUUCUCUCAUGUAUUUAUUAAUGAUGGAUCACAAUUUCCUCCCAAAUACUACUGGUGGUUUUUUGAGACAAUACCAGGCAUGACUGGAGUGCUAUUACUUGUCAUCCUUGCUGUGAUGUAUGUAUUUGCCACUCACUAUUUCCGACGAAUCAGCUUCCAAGGAUUCUGGAUCACCCAUCAUCUCUAUGUGGUUCUCUACAUUCUGGUUAUCAUCCAUGGCAGCUAUGCUCUGAUCCAACAGCCCCGCUUUCAUGUUUACUUCAUUAUCCCAGCCCUCAUCUAUGGAGCAGACAAACUCAUCAGCCUUAGCAGGAAGAAGGUAGAAAUCAGCGUCAUUAAGGCUGAAGUCCUCCCUUCAGGAGUCACCAACCUCCGGUUCCAGAGACCCCAGGACUUUGACUACAGGUCUGGACAAUGGGUGCGGAUUGCAUGUUUGUCCCUGGGGACCAAUGAGUACCACCCUUUCACUCUGACAUCUGCUCCCCAUGAAGACCUGCUGAGUCUGCACAUCCGAGCAGCUGGACCCUGGACAACUCGACUGCGGGAGCUCUACUCCCCAGAAAGCAUAGCAGAAAUUGGCAAGUAUCCCAAGCUCUAUCUUGAUGGUCCAUUUGGAGAAGGUCAUCAGGAAUGGAACAAAUUUGAAGUGUCGGUCCUGGUGGGCGGUGGCAUUGGAGUGACUCCCUUUGCCUCCAUCCUUAAAGACCUUGUCUUCAAGUCCUCUGUUGGCUCCAGGAUCCUGUGCAAGAAGAUCUAUUUCAUCUGGGUGACCAGGACACAGCGGCAGUUUGAGUGGGUGGCUGACAUUAUUCGAGAGGUGGAGGAGAAUGAUCGAUGUGACUUGGUCUCUGUGCACAUCUACAUCACCCAGCUGGCUGAGAAGUUUGACCUGCGCACCACCAUGCUAUACAUCUGUGAACGUCACUUCCAGAAGGUCCUCAACAAGAGCUUGUUCACAGGCCUGCGUUCCAUCACCCACUUUGGACGACCACCAUUUGUCCCCUUUUUCUGCUCAUUGCAAGAGGUUCAUCCUGAGGUACGGAAGAUUGGUGUUUUCAGCUGUGGCCCUCCUGGCAUGACUAAGAAUGUGGAGAAAGCCUGUCAGAAAAUCAACAAGCGGGACCAGACUUACUUUGUACAUCACUAUGAGAAUUUUUAGUUCUUUUUUUUCCCCCUAAG